AUGAAUUGUAUAAUACCCUUGCUAUACCAUAAUCAAAACAAAUUGAGUUAAGCUAUAAAUUUAAAUUUGAAAAUUGAACAUCACUUAUACUUGCUGUGGUUUAUGUUAUAGUCUGUGCACCCCCCCUCCAUUCUGAUGUUUUCUUGCUGUCACAUACAAGUGCAGUACCAUUUUAUACAAAUUAAUUAUAAUUAAAAUUUGGCUCAUUGAAAUUCACACCAUUUAGCACUGCCAAAGAUGAAUUUAAGAAAAAGAGGUGAAAAUUUUAUGCAAAUUUCUGUAAUAUUUCAGCAGAUGAUAAUUCAAAGAGAGCUAAGAAAAUGAAAGGAAAAACACUUCGCUCUUUUCUCGGCAAAAACUCAGAUUCAGGUACCAAAAAAUCCAAAAGUAAAAGUACAUUUCAACGCAGUGAAGAAAUAGGAACCAUUCCCCCAGGUAACCUUGGUGGCAUGGGUAGCCAUGGUGACCAGAUGGCGAUGAUGCUAGGUCAUGGGUCACAGUCACCUCUCCGAGGGCGUAUGAUCAAGCAGGCCAGCAAGGACUCCACUGAUGGAAGUAUUGGGAGUAUUAGCAGUGAUUCAUCUUCGAUGUGGCUUCCCCAAGGCAUGAGAGUGGGCCCAGAGGGUCAAUUUGGGGACUUUGUGGACAAUCUCGGACCUGGUCAGUUAGUUGGCCGACAGGUGUUGGGGCUGUCCUGUCUGGGUGAUAUCCAGCUCAGUCUCAGCGAAAAGAAAGGUCACUUGGAGGUUGAGGUCAUCAGGGCGAGGGGCUUGCAGCAGAAAAGUGGGGCAAAGAUAUUACCAGCCCCCUAUGUGAAAGUGUACUUAAUGGAAGGAAAGAAUUGUGCUGAGAAGCAGAAGACCAUCAUUGCCAGGCGAACACUGGAUCCUCUGUAUCAACAACAGAUUGUUUUCAAUGAGGAUUAUCAUGGGAAAGUAGUUCAGGUCACAGUUUGGGGCGAUUACGGGAGAAUGGAACGCAAAGUAUUCAUGGGCGUGGCUCAGAUUUUACUGGAUGAUUUAGAUCUGUCAAACAUUGUGAUUGGUUGGUAUAAACUGUUCCCUGCCUCCUCAUUGGUCAAUGCAGGCAGUAGUGGGAGUGGCGGUGGCAGCGGUGGGUCAACUCGACGUAACUCUUCCUCCUCUUUGGACAGUCAAUAUAAUAGCGCCUCUAGUUCAGUCAGGUGAUGUUGUGACUUGGCGCAGCAAAGGGGGUAAAACAGG